AUGCGCAUCAUCCGACCCAGAAUGACUCACUCCUUGAGAUCUCUAGAUCUAGCGCAAGAGCAUGUACCAGGCCGCCCUUUACGCGCGCAGCAACGGUCUGCAGCACAUGAACGUGUCGCGCGUGCUGCGCGAGUGGGCGGGGCGGCUGCGCUGGUCCGCGCGAGCAGCAGGAGGCCGUGCUGGACGUGGGCUGCGGCCCGGCGACGUGACGGCGCAGCUCCUGUGCCGCAGCUGCCCAGCAGCGUGCGCGUGCUGGUGGGCCACGACGUGAGGCGAGAGAGAUGGUGCGCCACGCCGCCGCCGCCCACGCCGCGCUGGCGCGCGCCUGCGCUUCCUGUGGCACGGACAUCGCCGCGCGCGACCUGCGCGGCACGCCGCUGGGCGCUGCGCACAGCAACUCCAGGGGUUCCACAAGGUCUUCUCCUUCUACGGCGCUCCACUGGGUGGUCGAACCAACGGUGA